CCCCAUUUAAAUUUUCGCCUACGUAAAUUUUCCAAGAAAAAGCAAAAUGGGAUGGAAGUAGAAAAUAAACCAUCGAGAGAAGGGCGAAACCGUCGUCGUACGGCAAAAACUUUUUAAAACAUCAACUUUUAGUUUAUUGUAGUGGCCCCACUGGUUCCGAAUUGGGCACGGAUGACGCGAUGUCCAAGAGGAACAUAACCUUUACGAAACCAGAAGAACCCGAAUUCCUCAAGAAGCUCAAAAAGCAAGCCGGCUACCAGGAGGGCCCCACUGUCGAAACCAAGAAAGAGCAACUGGGCCCCGCCGAGGACCGGGACUGCGAGGACGAGCGCCCCACCGUCGUGGUGCUCAACGAGGGCGAUCUCACUGCCGAAGAGGCCUUGAAACUGGAAAAAGAAGCCGAAGAAACUCCGGCCGAUUUAAAUACGCGCAUUUUUUUCAAAGCACCAAAAAAGAAGACCGAAGAUCAGCCAUCCAAAACCAUCACGAACGUGAAAAAAGUCAAAUCCAAGACUUUACUGUCUUUCGACGAAGAGGAAGACGAGAUUGAUUAAAGAAAAAAAAAAAUAGAUUCGCAUUUUUCCACAACACAUCCAUUGGCGGCGGUGCAGAUGGUCGUUGUGGUGGUCGAUGGACGAUGGCGGGAAUCUGAAGGAUAA